GACAACAGAACAAACCAAUUUCCCUCUGUGAAUUGAUAUGAUUGUGCUGAGCAUGGCAAUAACAACUGGAUAAUUUUUGCUUUUACUCUUGUUCCUCCCAUGGAAGAAGGAUUUGCACCAUCCUCAGCCUUCAUCAGCCAUGGCUUCGAAUCCCUCAAUCCCCGUCCCUCCACGGACUCCCACUCCUCCAUCUGAUGAACCCGCGACUGCUAAUUCAGUUGGCUCUUCUUUGGCGACUCCGAUGACAGCUUCGUUCUCCCGCGAUGCCCUUUCCCCCAUGGUCGACACGUUUGCAUCUGGAGAUCCCGCUUGGAAUCCACAGAGACGAGCCAGCCAGGAUAUUUCGGGGCCCUUCAAUUUUAAGCCGACCGCUCUUGCGAAAACUCCAGUCGUGAAAUCCGGCGUAGGGCAGCGUCGUGGCCACAAAUACAAGCACAGCAGCGUAUCUCAUCAGAUAUUCCUCGAGCCGCCUCCAAGAGCACCGCUGGCACUCCCCAACUCGUUGCCUAUUCCGACAUUAAAAGAAUGCCGUGGCAGUAUGUCUAAAGAGCAAAAGGUCCGCUUUUGGUGGAGCUUAUGCCAUAUGGCAGUUGCCGGAAAUACGCUGUGGAGUGCUCAUGGAUCUAUGGCCAUGACUGGACUUUCACAUCUAUUACUUUUCGACUCAUUGGGAGCCAUGCUUUGCGUCGCUGUUGACGUCCUUGGGAAUUUUGAAGUCUGGAGGCGAUCGACUGUCCGUCACCCGUUUGGCCUUGAACGUGCUGAGGUGGUCGCCGGCUUUGCCCUUUCUGUCUUGCUCUUUUUCAUGGGCGGAGAUCUCAUAUCUCACGCUAUCACUCAUCUCCUAGAGACUUCGGGUUCAGGGUCCCAUCGUCCACAUUCUCAUGGACGUGUUUCCUCCGGGAGUAUUGAUAUCACUGCGCUUCUUGCUCUUUUAGCCACUAUCAUAUCCGCCAUUGGCCUGAAAAACCAUGCAAGGAUUGGAAAAGCAAUGCGCUUUGCAUACAUUGAGUCGUUGCCUUCUUUACUCAGCAAUCCGGCACAUUUUCUAACGCUCUCAUGCUCCUCUCUCUUGCUGCUUCUUCCUCUUUUGUCUGUGACUAUCUACACGUGGAUGGACAGGGCCUUUGCUCUGGCAGUUGCUGUGUCAAUGUGCGCUCUGGGGAUAAGACUUGUGGCUACUCUUGGAUCUAUGCUUUUGAUGUCAUACUCAGGACGGGGAGUUUCAAGCCUGAUGAAAGACAUCGUGUCUCACCCAUCUGUCUCAGGAGUCGAAGAAGCCAAAUUCUGGCAGGUCCAUUAUGGGCUUUGCAUGGCAAAUCUCAAACUUAGGGUCGCUGGACCGGAAGAUAGCCUUACCAAACUGCGGGAGCGGAUCUCAAGUAUGAUCAAGGAACGACUCGGAGGAGGAUAUGGAUCUGGAGGCCAGAAAUGGGAGGUCUCCAUUCAGUUAAAUGUUGAACAGCUGUGAUCUUUCUCCAAGCAUUGGAUUCAAGCUAUUCAAUUGGUUCUUCCCACAGCAUACCAUGAUACCCUUGAAGCAAUGUUUCUUGUGUCUAUUUGUUCUAUGUGGCUGCUAUAAUACGUUUCAGCCUAUGUUUACAUUUUGAAAGUGCACUAAAAGCUUCGAGAUGCUUCCAUGUCAAAUCCUGAUAAUGUGACGAGACUUCUCCUGCCAACUCUUCUCUUUUGCACUAUCCUCUCAGCAGUUAGUUCCUGCUAUGGGUAAACAACAUAUCACCGUCAUCAUCAAGUGCCGGUUGCUGUGGCGAUCCCAAGAGAAGUGAAUUCAGGCCAGUCUCCUAACAUUU